UAUCAGGACCUGGUUCCUGCUUAGAAGACUUCCGUGCCACUCCGUUCAUUGAGUGUAACGGUGGCAAGGGUCACUGCCACUACUACGAGACCCAGACGUCGUUCUGGCUCGUCUCGCUCGAGGACCAUCAACAGUUCGAGCGGCCACAACAGCAGACCCUCAAGGCGGGCAAUCUGCUGUCCAGAGUAUCGAGGUGUCAAGUGUGUAUACGAGUCUAGUUCUGCUUUUCUCUUCCAGCAGAGCACAUCUGCAGAAUGAAGCUCCUAUUUAUGCUACAGAAUGUGCUUUCUUAAGUUAUUUCUCAAAAGAUUUUAGAUCCUGUUAGAGAUUUUUUUUGUAAGGAGAAGUAAAACUAGAGUGUAUGUUGUAGAAGAAAAGAGUCCGAAAACAAACCAAAAAUAUGUAAAAACUGAAAGUAUGUAAGUAAACGAGUUUAAAGUCCUGUAGCUUUUAUUGAAGAGAUAUGCAGUCGUUCUAAGAAAAAUGCGAAAAAGAAACUGUGCUUAUUUCCAGUAGUUAAUUUCAUUUAGACAAAACGCAAUACUGCCCUACUUUUUUUUGGAAUUACCGUAAUUAGAAAUAACAGCGCCAAUAUUCCUUCAAACCUCCCAGCAACGAAUUUAGCUAGCCAGUAACAAAAGAGUAUAUGUCUUAUUUUACCAGUGCGACUAUUGAUGUGAUUCAUUUCGAAUAAAUGUAUAACACUUUCCAGUACUGCCCUGAAAUGCCAUUUCGAUUCAAACUCAACAAGAGUAUAACUAUUCGCUACUUUUGUGUAAGCAUAUUGAUGUGUUCAUGAUAAAGGAAUCUAAACUUUCAUAGAGGGGAAAUCGGUUUUUCAACUAAAAUUCAACUAGGAUUAACAGUUACGAUUAAUUACCAAUUCGAGUGCCAUCAGUGACAGUCAUUCGCAGGCCAUUAAACGGGGAAUCAACACAAAACUAUGGAUGCCUUUCGUUUCGAUAAAUCCCAAAAAUCUAAAGAAUACCUACUACCAGCAUUUUGUAAACUGUACAUUUCCGCUACUUAUAUGUAAGUGUUUAACCAAGUAGCUUUUACAUACUUUUAGCGUUUUCAUUCAGUGUACCAGACCCGAAAUAGUCAGAAUAAAGUUCUUACAAAAAUUA